AUGCAUCUCAGACCCGAUCACGCAGUCAGAGACAUCCCGACUCUUCACUCUUUCAUUGAACAAAACCCACUAGGCGUCCUCACCACAUCCCUCCCCUCUGCCGAUCACCCAACCCUCCAAUGCAGCCACAUCCCCUGGGUGCUAGACCGUGCAACUUCACCGGGGAGCAAUCCAGCAAGCCAAUCAAAACAAGUCAAUAAUGGACCACCCAAUCACUCCAAGGGAGUCCUCCGUGGGCACAUCGCGCGCCAAAACCCACAAAGUAAAGCAAUGGUAGAAUGCGCCUUGAACAACAGCUUCAAAACAGGCAGUAUUCCGGGCGCAUUUCCCACAAGCUCCACAGAAAAAGAGACAGAAUCUUCUACCCUCCCCGGCGAAGUCUUAAUCGUCUUCACCAGCCCGGUAGAUCAUUACAUCACCCCAAACUUCUACACCGAGUCCAAGCCCGCAACAGGAAAAGUCGCCCCGACCUGGAACUACGCCGCCGUGCAAGUCUACGGCCGGGCAACUAUCUACCAUGACAGCAAGGACCAGCGGACCGAACUGUUCCUGCGGCAACAGCUGAAUGAUCUAGCUAAGCUGGGCGAGGAGCGGAUUAUGGGAUUCCAGGAUGAGGCCGGCUCGGGUUCGGUUUACGAAACUCACGACGGGGAGGCCCAAGACCACCUGUGUAGAGAUGAGACUAGGAAGAAUCGGAGCCUAGACCUGCAGCUGCAGCCGGGGGAGAGUGCGAUGGUCACGGGGGCUAGGGCUAGUGGGACGGCAUCGUCGGCAUCGGCCCCGUGGGUAAUCGCUGAUGCGCCAUCGGGGUAUAUUGCUGCGUUGCUGAAGAAUAUUGUCGGGAUUAGCGUGGAGAUUACGCGUGUUGAGGGCAGGUUUAAGGUUAGUCAGGAACGGCCGGUUGGGGAUCGUGGGGGUGUUGUUGAAGGUUUGGAGAGGAUGGGUGGGAGGGCGAAGGAUAUGGCGGAGUUUGUGAGAUCGGGGAGGGUUUUGCGUGGGGAUUGA